AGGAAUGGAAGCAAACGCUCCAACAUCAAGCGAAAUAUUUCGCGCAUCAAAUCCAUUGUUGAAGCAGCUAACGAAUCAGAUCAAAAGCUCUCCAAUGCAGAAUUACAGUGUCGUCUAGGAAUUCUCGAGUCAUACUUUAAACAGGCUUUAUCCGUUCAAGCUGACAUUGAAGACUUAGACCCCGUUAACAAUGGGCGCGCAGAUCUGGAAGAAAGUUACGUCGCCGUGAAAAUCAGCAUCCAAGUCCAGCUAGUAGAAGAUGCAAACAGCACUGUGCACUACCCCGAAGCUGCCGCAGCAGCAACAGUUACCACAUCGUCCCAUCUACCUCGAUUGUCGCUGCCAACAUUUAGCGGUGAUUAUGCAGAUUAUAAGAACUUCAUUACAUCGUUUACCCAACUCAUAGCUCGAGAGCCCAGGCUUGCAAAUAUUGAAAAAUUUAAUUAUCUUUUGUCCUGCUUGAAAGGGCCAGCACUAGAAACUGUCAAGGCAUUUCAAGUUACAAGCGAGAAUUACCCAAAGGCGUUAGAUAGAUUAAAGGAACGUUUCGAUAACCCAACCCUUAUAUUCCUAGAAGGUAUUGCGUCGCUGUUUACUCUUGAAUCUGUUGAAAGGUCAAACCCUCAAAAAUUGCGCAGUCUAGUCGAUAACGCUUCAGCCAUUUUCAGCUCAUUACAGUCAUUGGGUACAAGUACCAACAUCGCUCAAGCAAUGCUUAUAUAUGUGGUCAUAAGCAAAUGCGAUCAGCAAGCACGUAAAAAAUGGAACGAGUCCCUGGAUUAUAAAACGCUUCCAACUUGGGCCGACUGCACUAAGGUAUUAGAAAGAUACUGCCAGUUUCUACAUUCAUCAGAAUCAUCAGAGAAGCGCAAACUCGAGUUUACGAAACCUAUGCGCUCAAACAAUCGCAAACAACAAUCGUCCUUUGCAGUAACAAAUUCGAAUUGUAUACUAUGCUCCAGCUCCAAUCAUAAGCUUACGGCUUGCCCUCAGUUUAGAGAAAAAAGUACCAAUCAACGGUUUGAAAUUUCUAAAAAGUACGACUUAUGCAUCAAUUGUCUGAGUAAUGGUCACAGAAUGGCCCAGUGUCCUUCGAAGCAUCGGUGCCGUACCUGUAAUCGGCCACAUCACUCCUUACUACAUCACGACACCAACUCACAAGGCACGAUAACCUCUCAGACGACAACUACAACCCCUGAUUCAGCACUUUCUUCCCAGACACCAAUUACUUCCUCUAACACCUCCCAAGCCGCUACACAUUCACACAUUGAUGCCUCUGAUUGUGGACAAGUUAUUUUGGCUACAGCUAUGGUGCUGGUGAAGGAUUGUACAGGUGCUUACAAACUUGGAAGAGCGUUACUUGACUCCUGUUCCCAGGUCAACUUCAUCACUGACGACUUUGCUCAAAAACUUCGUCUUCGUCGAGAAAAGCAUCACGUUGGUAUUCGUAGUAUCAGUGAGUCACUCACAAACCUCAAAUCUCGGACCAGCACAACGAUCAAGUCUCGCAAUUCAGGUUUUCAGCUUUCGCUUCAGUUUGGAAUUACGUCACAUAUUGCGUACCAACCUGACACCGAAAUCGAUACGUCUGCUUGGAAUUUGCCAGUUAACACCACAUUGGCCGAUGAAACCUUCUUCAAACCACGUCGAAUCGAUUUGCUGCUCGGGACAGAGGCGUUCUUCGAAGAGCUCGCUGUUGGCCAAAUACGCCUUGGUCCAAAUCUACCAACCCUUCAGAAGACAUUGUUCGGUUGGGUUGUCUCUGGUAGAUACCGUGGUCAGCAUGAUGUGGCAACAUCGGCUUGUUUGAUGUCUAGUGACAGCACCAUCAACGAGAGCCUACAACAUCUAUGGAAACUAGAAACCAUAAACGCUCCAUCAAACUCAAUUCUUCCUGAUCAUCGUAUUUGUGAAGAUCACUUCAUAAAAACAACAUUUCAGGAUGCUAAGGGUCGUGUGAUUGUCAGUUUACCAUUCAAGGAAAAUCCCAUUUGCCUUGGAGAUUCCUUCGAUAUCGCUCGUCGACGAUUUCUCGCACUCGAGAAACGACUCCUACACUCGCCCGAAAUUCGUCCCCAAUACAUCUCAUUCAUGGAGGAGUACGAAAAUCUUGGCCACAUCUCCGUUGUAGCACAACCAAACUUGAAUGAGCCGCAUUACUAUAUACCUCAUCAUUGCGUAUUCAAACCCAGCAGCACAUCAACCAAGCUGAGAGCCGUUUUUGACGCAUCAUGUCGCACAUCCUCACAAACAUCAUUAAAUGAUAUUCUGUUGGUUGGCCCUACUAUCCAACAAGAUUUAUAUAUGCUUUUACUUCGCUUUCGCUUAUAUCGUUUCGCCCUCACUGCAGACGUCACCAAGAUGUACAGGCAAGUACUCAUGAAUAACAAUGAUUGCAAAUACCAAUACAUUCUCUGGAGAGCUUCUCCUGACCUAGAUCUCCAGACAUAUCAGCUUAACACGGUCACUUACGGCACUGCUUCAGCACCAUACCUCGCUGUACGUAGUCUUCAUUAUUUGGCAGAUCAAAGCAUGGAUGAGCUUCCGAUUGGCGCUUCAGCAGUAAAGACCUCAUUUUACGUUGAUGACUUUAUAUGUGGUGCAGAUGAUGUUGACGCUUUGCAUAUACUCAAAUCCGAAGUCAUCGAAGUACUUCGACGCGGACAAUUUCCAUUAUCAAAACGGCACUCAAACCACCCAGAGUUCAUGGAAAAUCAAUCAGUAAAGAACCUCAACAUUUGUGAUGAAUUCAUAACCAGUACGUUAGGGGUAACGUGGCAUCAACGUUCUGACAAUUUUUUAUUCUCAUUCCAGUCGAAAAAAGAACACAAUAUGGCUACAAAGAGGACAAUAUUGUCAAUCGCCUCAUCCCUCUUUGAUCCACUUGGUUUGUUAUCACCACUGCUAAUAACAACCAAAAUUAUCUUGCAAGAACUUUGGCUAUUAAAGCUCGACUGGGAUGAGUCCGUACCUCAACACAUACAUCAAGCUUGGACCAACUGCUUAGCAACCUUGAAAUCGGUCUCGUCACUCACCGUACCUCGCUAUUGCUUGCAACCUGAUACACACAAUAUACAAAUUCAUGGAUUUUGCGAUUCAUCAAUACGCGCCUACGGUUGUUCCGUUUAUGUUCGUACGCAGAACUCGCAUGGUCAAGUCGACGUACACUUACUAACAUCAAAGUCCAGAGUCGCACCAGUAAAGAAGCAAUCCCUUCCCAAACUUGAACUUUGCGGUGCUCAUCUUCUCGCUUGUCUCUAUGCUAAAAUAAAAGACAUAUUCGCGACCGGAUCAGUUACCACUUACUUUUGGACCGACUCACAACUAGUCUUGCAUUGGCUUCAACAACACUCGAUUACGCUAUCAACAUUUGUCGGAAAUAGAGUAUCGGAGAUACAAGCGCUUACAGUAGGUGCGCAUUGGAAGCAUGUACCAACGAAAGACAACCCAGCGGACCUGGUCUCCCGGGGUUGUUCUACGAAAGACCUGAUUUCGUCCAAUUGGUUUACCGGUCCAGUCUUUUUGCUACAAGAGGAGAACAAAUGGCCGAAGAGCAAGGCUCCAAUUGAUCUUAACAAUGACGUAAUCAAUGCUGAGAAACGCAAAACGGCCUUAACAAUCAUCAAGGACACAAACUAUGUUCUCGAUAUCACAAAUAGGAGCAGUUCAUACACCCAGUGCUUACGUUUCGUUGCAUGGUUAUUUCGUUUCUGCUGCUGGUGCAGAAAGAAAUCCACACCCAUUACUGUUUUCUCACCCGACGAACUGCGACGCGCACUAUAUUAUAAGACUACCGGAUUCGAACUCAUCAAAGUUGGAGGUCGCUUAGGCUACGCAGAUAUGCCAGACGCUCAAAAACAUCCCAUUUUACUGCCUAGCACUUCGCAAUUUGUACUCAAUUACGUUCGAUAUCUACAUAGACGGAAUUAUCACGCUGGUCCUAAAGCAUUGGUUGCCCUGAUCCGACUGGAAUAUUGGAUUGUCAACGCCAGAGAUUUGACACGUCGUGUUGUUCGGGCUCCUCACUUUGGCGGCCUCUGGGAAGCUGCAGUCAAAAGCGCAAAAGGACUAUUGAAUCGAACAUUAGCGAAUACAAGAUUGACAUUCGAAGAGCUUAGUACUGUUGCCGUCGAAGUGGAAGCUAUCCUCAACUCGCGACCACUUAGCCCCAUGUCAUCAGAUCCGAAUGACUUCGAUGCACUCACUCCCGCACACUUUUUGGUUGGCUCUUCUCUACGCGCUUUACCCGAACGCUCAUUCGAAGACAGAAAUAUGUCAAACACAGAUCGGUACGAUAUGAUCACUGCCAUCCAACAACGCAUUUGGCGCCGAUGGCAGGCAGAGUACGUUAACGAACUACGCUCACGUGUUAAGUGGACAACUCCUGCCCUUGAUAUCAAAGAAGGGACACUUGUCAUAAUACACGACGAUAAUUUGCCACCACAACGUUGGAAGUUUGGCCGUGUAGAGUCCACCGUACCCGGACGAGAUGGUCAUGUGCGAGUUGUGCACCUCCGCACAGCCAAUGGUACUUGCUGCCGCCCUAUUCAUAAGAUUGCCGUCCUGCCAGUAUCUUGA